AUGAUCCGUGAUGAGUGUCUGGUGGAGUGUCCCAUUGAUGAUGAUGAAGAGGAUGAAGAUCAGCUCGUCCUUUCGGCUCCGCCCCCUCCUGAGUUUGCCUCUAAAGAACCCAGCCCAUCACCAAAACCUCCGACCGGACCAACCACACCUGCCCCCAGUCCUCUGACCCCUCCCGUCAGCAGAGACCCCUGUGGCAUCAACCAGCAUCUCAAGGUGGAGGUGAGUGACGUCCUGGCUGAACCGGCCUCUCCCCACAGCGUAGACCUGGUCUGGGUCUACAGUCUGCGUGGCUUUGAGACUGCGCGUGUCUGGAGUUAUAAAAUCUUAUCUUUGCUUCUGGCUGUGCCCUUCGCGCUGCUCUGUGGGGUCUCCCUGGGGCUUCUGGCCUGUUUACAUGUCUGGUAUGUUCUCCACUGUCAGACUAGAAAGACACAUCCUGAAGAGACACACUAG